UAUGCAUCAAUGUAUGCUUUAUUAGCUUUGAAUUCAGUAUUUUAGAUUUGAGUGGAUUGGGUAGUGAUGGGGGAAGAGGCGAGAGUUAUUGCUGCACCAAACGCAAACAGUGGAAGCGAUGAUGAUGAGAGUGAGAGUGUUGAAUUGGACAUAUACCCUUUGAGUAGUUACUAUUUUGGAUCCAAAGAUCCCAUUCCCUUCAAAGAUCAUUCCUUAGCUGAUCGUCUUCACAGGAUGAAAUCCAACUAUUCUGCCCGUGGAAUACGAACUUGUGUGGAAGCUGUCAUAGUGGUUGAGUUGUUCAAACAUCCACAUUUGUUGCUGUUGCAAAUAAAAAAUUCCAUCUUUAAACUUCCCGGUGGCCGUUUAAGGCCAGGCGAAUCAGAUACUAAUGGAUUGAAACGUAAGCUGGCAAGGAAGCUUUCUGUUAGUGAAGAUGGGUAUGGGGCAGAAUGGGAGGUGGGUGAAUGCCUUGGAAUGUGGUGGAGACCUGAUUUUGAGAUAUUACAGUAUCCCUUCCUGCCACCUAACAUAAACCAGCCAAAGGAGUGUACGAAACUCUUCCUUAUAAAGCUGCCAAUGAGUCGAAAGUUCACUGUGCCAAAGAACCUGAGGUUGCUUGCAGUUCCAUUAUGCCAAAUUCAUGAAAAUCACAAGACAUAUGGGCAAAUUAUAUCAGGGGUUCCACAGCUGCUCUCAAAAUUCUCUUUCAACAUGAUUGAAUCUUAAUACCUGACUGUAACCAGAUUAUUAUCUAUAGUGAAGUGUGAUCUCAAUAGGCAUCCAAGGCUUUUCCCCUGAGUAGCAUCCGCUCCUCAUUUUCUGUCUAGACAGAGAUGUGUAUAUAUCAUAGUUUUCUAUACAACAAUGAUAUUGUAAUGUUAAAAACAGCAAUAUAUAUCUUACUUACAUGGUUAGUGUGAAAAUCAAAAGCUAAAACAAGAAUAUUGAUUUUUCCAAAAUCCAGAGCAUAGUUAAGUAAUGAGAACUUUUGAUGUACACACUGUUGGGAUAA